GCUCAAAGGUGCCUCAGUGAGCGCUGUGCGUUAGGUGGGGAUGGUUAUGUUUUGGCUCGCGCGCGAAGCUACUUCAAGUUUUGUCUCUUGCCAUGUUUGUAUUUUGUAAUUUUGAUAUCAUGGGCAGUCAGGAGGAGUCCAUUCGCUUAAUACAACUGUACAGCACGUACAAUGCGCUUUGGGACCCCAAAGAUCCAAAAUAUUUAAACAAAAAUCAGCGGGAAGAUAGUUGGCGGCAAAUAUCUGCUCUGCAUAUGCCUGUCAAGGAAGUGAAAAACAAAAUGGUGUCCUUGUGUGGUUCUUAUCGUCGAGAGAAAAGCAGGGAGAAAAAAAGUCGCAUAACAGGUUCAGGCGCUGCAGAUGUUUAUAAUUCGAAGUGGUUUGGAUAUCCUUAUUUCCAUUUUCUUAAGGAUAAAAAUGAAACUGGUGACACUCGGGAAACGAUGCCGAAUGAGACAAUACCGGAAUCUUCACAAACUUCUGACGUAGAGAGACACACAGAGGCUGAAAACGCUCCGACCAAGUCGCAAUUGCCGGAGGCUAGCAUCGAGGAAGCGCCACCACAACAACAACAAGACCUAGCCUCGGAAACUAUCAUGCCUUCACCAUCAGAACCUGCUCGUAAAAAAAAACGACAUAAUCCUAAGAAAACGCAGCCACAGGAAGAUCCGGCAGAUAUCAUGCUCUCAGAAGCCCUUGAAUGCUUGCAAAAGUCUUCGACCGACAUCAUCGAUCCAUACUCUUCAUUUGGAAGAUACAUAGCCAACGAGCUAAGGAAAUAUGAUCCGCACACAUUAGCGUAUGUUAAGAACGCUAUCAAUAAUAUAAUUUUUGAAGCCGAUAUAGGGAAAUACACACAACAACAAAUUAAUACAGGAUACUAUACACAGCAGUACAGUAAUUCCCCUACAAUGGACUCAUCUGGCACUUCAUCAUCAGCAUCACAUACCGCUACGUCUUCUCAUGCCAUUACACCAUCACCUAAUGCCAAUGAUGGAUUCGAAACUAUCACUGAAUUGUAGUUAAAAUAAACAAUUGAUUUUUAAA